AUGGGGGUGGUUUACUUCAUAUUACAGGAGUUCAUGGGUACCUUUAAGAAAACUUAUUCCAGCAUCGGCUUUUGCAUCCUUCGUGGUACUGCCUAUAUCAAGCUGACCUCAGUGGCUCCUGCUACCGUGAACUCUGCUCAUACUCAGAGUACUCUCAGAACUGUGAGAAUCCCCCGGGCUGUUAAUGGCACAGCAAGCACCAUCACCGGCCUUGCUCUAACUACAGAGUGUGACCCACUGCAGGGAAGCAGCCGGGACUGCCGCUGCCUUCCGGGUUAUCAGUGGAAUGACAAAUUCUGCACAAGCUUACAGGCCUGCAAGGGUGGCGGCAUCUUCCAGUCCUUUGUCUCCAUCUUCCUCCCACCCCCCUGCCAGUGUCUUCGCUGGACUUCUUCAGACACUGGUUAUUGCCAGUCAGCUCUCUCAGCCUCGAAAGUCUCCAAAAGCACAAGACUGCCCUCCAAACAAGCUUCUGUAGGAGCUGCAGAUGAUCUGACUCUCUCCUUCAGCUUGGCAGAAGGAGCCACUGAUGUGAAGUGGUACUUGCUCAGUCCUAAAUGGAAUGAGGCCAAAGAGAUUCGCAACGGGAAACAAGUGAUGCUUCUGCGAAAUGGCUUGAAGGCUGUUCUGAGGAUCUCCUCUCCCUCCCUAGACUGGGCUGGAGAGUACAUCUGCCGCUCUCGGAAUGGAAGCGCCCUACAGGAAUGGAGGCAGGAGGUCACGGUCCCCCUCGUAGCAGCAGAUAUUGUCCGGACCCCGUCACAAGUCUCCAUGAACUGCAGCUCCCCAGACAGGCUGUCUCUGCAGUGCUGCAUCCGGAACAGAGGUGCCCCAUUGAAAGCGUCCUGGAAUCCUGGAGCUCCAGACCCAGUUGACUUGGUGGGUGCUGAAGACCCGCUCUGCCACUUCCUCGUCCUGGAUUCCUGUCCCAGCAUUGACACCACAUACCGGUGCACAUUUGAAAGCAGUGGGCUUGGAUCCAUACAAACCACCGUGGCUGUGAGCGUGAUUCAAGUUGGAGAUCUCUUUUGCCCUGGCGAGAAUGUGCAGGGUAGGUGGAGUGUGACAAGGGCAGGCCGGGUGGCCGAGAUCCUGUGUCCCAAGGGCAGAACAGGGAUGAUGCUGCGGAGAUGCUUCUCUGACAGGACCUGGGGAAACAUUCAAAACAACUGCGCAAGCGAGGAGCUGCUCUCUAGGUUGCGCGAGGCUCAGUUACUCCAGGCAGGGAUGGGCAGCCCCCAAAUCGAGGUCCCUUGGAUGAUUGAGUGGCUGAGGAUGGAGGUGAAGCCCGACCAGAACCAGAAAAUCUACCCUCUGGACCUCCUGACUCUUGUUAUCACCCUGGACAUCAUCUCUCAGGUGGCUCUGGAUUCCAGCAUGCGACUAGACAGCAAAUCUGUGAUUGACUUGCUGAAUGCUGUCAACUGGAUGCUGGACUUAGACCCCGAGACCACGUGGUCUGAGGUCCAAGCUCGGAAUCAGUCAACGGGUUCCAUGUUCCUGCGGGCGAUUGAGGACCUCACUAGCCUUCUGGUACCUUCGACUGGCGAGUUCAACUUGACCCUCCCCAACCUUGAACUCCAGAGCUCCAUGUUUAACUUGACUCGACUUGGUGACUUCGACAAAACCUUCGACACGGAUCCCCUGCUCCGCUCUCAUAUCUCCAGAAAAGAACUGGACGAAGUGGUGCAAAAAGAGCAGAGCAUCAUAAUCAGCAGCCUGGUGCUGAAGAAGAUGGACCAGAUCCUGCCAGGGCAUUAUGGUGCAGACUCCGACCACAUCCUUGGUAGUUUAGUGAUGUUCAAUGCCGCCAUGUCCAACAAUGGGAGCGUGAGAAAGAUGGAUGUUGACAUGAUUUUUGGUCUCCGGAACACAACUCGCAUCACGGAGGAGACCCUGACGGCCCAGUGCGUGUCCUGGAAUCACAGCUUGCCUGAGGGUAUAGGAGGCUGGUCUACCCAGGGAUGCCAGACUUUCAGCACAGAAAUGGCUACCAACUGUUCCUGCCACCACCUUACUUCCUUCUCUGUCCUCAUGUCCGCCAACCCGGUGAUUGUCAGCUCUGCCUGGACCUUCCUGAGCAAGUUUGGGGUCUGCGUCACUAUCCUCGCCCUUGUCGUCAGCCUGCUCAUCUACAGUGUCGUCUGGACUUCUGUGGUGAAGGACAAGGUCUCCUGCUUGUGUUACACUACAUUGGUCAACGUCUCAGUCUGUCUGCUGUUGGGGAGCUUGUGGUUUCUGGGUGCCUCCCUGCUUGAAGUCAGCCACGAGAGGAAGCUUUGUGUGGCCGCCGCUUUUUUCACCCACUUCUUCUACCUGGCCAUGUUCUUCUGGAUGCUGGUCCAGGCUCUCAUCCUCUGCCACCAGCUGAUCCUCGUCUUCCACCACCUGUCCAUCAGGUCUGUCGUGCCUGCCAUGAUCGCCGUAGGCUACGUCUGCCCUCUGGUCCUUGCCGUGGCUGUGGUGGCCGCCUUCUUCCCCAAGCAGAGAUACCUCCAUGAAGCCCUCUGCUGGCUCAGCGCCCGCAGCAAAGCAAUCUACGCCUUCGCCAUCCCUGCCCUGGCCAUUGUGACUGUCAACCUCCUGAUCCUGCUUGUGGUGCUGCUCAAGCUCAUGAGACCAUCAGAAAGACCCCAAGGAGAGGAAAGGAAGGCUCUGCUGGCCAUUUUCAAAGCCCUGCUUAUCCUCACGCCAAUCUUCGGGUUGACGUGGGGGCUGGGGGUCAUCACCAUGACAUUGGAUGCCUCCCAGUUUAUCCAUUACGCAUUUACGAUUCUCAAUUCACUUCAGGGUGUUUUCUUUCUGCUCUUUGCCUGCCUAAUGGACAAGAAGGUGUUGGGAGCUCUCAAGAAGCGUCUGUGCAGGUCGCGCACAGAUGGGGUAACUUUAUUUCAGCUGAACAGCCUUGCGAAGAGGACUGUGGAUCGGCAGAGUCACUUAUUUGUGGAGCCUUACUAUGACAAUGAGUCAGCCCCUUCCCAAUCAAGCGAGACUUUGGAAACCAGUAGCACCAUUUUACACAGCCUGGGAUAG